UCAUUCCAUAAAAGAAAAACAGAGAGAUCUUAUAUAUACAAAUUAAGAGAAUUAAAUUAAGUUAUAAUCAUGAAGGCUGUCGCAGUACUAGUUGUAGUUGUGCUAGCCGUGGUACAACUAGCAAUGGUUGCUCGGGGCGCAGUCACUUGCGGCCAAGUGGAUGCUAAUUUGGCACCCUGUGUCCCAUUCCUGACACAGGGUGGUGAACCCGGUGCAGCCUGCUGCAGCGGGGUGAAAACCCUAAAUAGUUUGGCUAAGUCGACUGAUGAGAGGAGGACUACUUGCAACUGUGCUAAGGCUGCAGCAAAUCGAUACCCCAAUCUUAAAGAUGAUGCUGCGCAGUCUCUCCCUAGCAAGUGCGGUGUAACCCUGAACGUCCCUAUCUCCAGGACCAUCAACUGUGACACAAUAAGUUAAAUUCAGCUGCGCAGUUUCGGGUUUAUAUAACGCAGCGGAGAUUCAAAAUUCUGUUAAUUUACUUUGUGUUAUAUGUGUUAAAUAAAAUCAAGGGUAGUUAAACCCUUUGAAGUUGUAAAUAUACUCAAUUACUAUGUAGUAAUUUGAGUAUUUUUUACUAUUUUACCAAUGUAUAUAUUAUGUCUAUAAUAAGAGUUCAAAUUAUCUAUAAA